AUGGUGGUAGCCCAGCAGAGGAUGGAGGAAACAACAAACCGGAAUCGCCAGCAGUCCCAGAACUUCCGUGUAGGAGAUAAGGUCUGGUUAAACCUUAAGAAUAUACACACAGACAGACCGACAAAGAAGCUCGACGCCAAGCAUGCCAAGUUCACAGUAAAAAAGGUAGUCAGAUCCCACUCGUACCUGUUAGAUACGCCACCAGGAGUUCAUAAUAUGUUCCAUAGUCAGCUCCUACGGUUAGCUGCAAACGACCCACUGCCUAGUCAGCAGCAAGACGACACUCAACCACCACCGAUAUUGUUAGGAAACGAUAGACAGGACGAGGAAUACGAGAUGGAAGGAAUACUAAAAGAGAAACUUACAGGUUAUCAACGACCUACAUGGGAACCAGAGGACGCCUUCACAGAUACUGAGGCCCUCCAGAUCUGGGAUAGCUCAGGACGACAGGAAUCAACGACGCCGAGACGUCGUACAAAGCGUGGGAGAAGAGGAUGGGGAUAA